AUGAUUAUUGAUAAUUCAAUCAACGAAAAGUACAUCCGAACAUUAGCGUUUGGAUGUUUUCCCAAGAAUGUUCUUGAGUUUCAGGAGUCCCAGGAUUUCUUUCAACAAAUGAUAUUUAUCGAUUAUCAGAAACAGUUGAUUAUCAAAGAAGAACAUCACAACAAUGACUUGUUCAUUCCCGAACUGAAACAAAAAAUCAACCAGUUGAUCCAAUAUACAAAUUCCAUCACUUUGAAUUACGAGAAUACCGAAAAGUCAUUUGAGGAGUUGUUAUAUUAUGUCGUGUUGUUGGCACACUUGUACUAUUUGACGGGACAAGUUGACUUCAUGACCGACGUGUUGAAUUCGAUAUCAGUUCCUUAUAGCAUCAACGAAGCCAAUUUGACAAGUAUGACCAAGAACCAAAUCGAACUUGUAGAAUAUUUACACUGCAAGUACCAUAUGUUGUUGGGAUUGGUCCAUGAGAACGGGUUUGCCAUUUGGUUGGAAUACUUGUCCCACUUCAGCAAACCGUUCACGAAAUCACAAGUAAUUGCCAACCACUGGUUAGAACUCCUUGAUUUGAAGUUAGCCGAAUCAAUAAGUCAGUCAAUCACAUUUGACCAAGUUAAACGAUUGUCGUUUUUUACCAAUGAAAUAUCAACCAUUCAAUUUUGUAAUUUCUUGAUUCGACCAGAAAAUAUUGACAUGGCCGAUAGCCAAUUUAAAUUGGAAUAUACAACGUUUCUUGUAAGCCAAAUUGAAGCUAAUAUCAAAAGACUGGUAAUCUUUCCUAAUGCUAUGAACAGUAAUGAUCUGACCAUCAAUAAUUUUAUCAACAACUUGUACGAGUCAUUAAGUUAUGUUCCUUUUAAUCUUGCCAUUGUCAAACCUACUGUGUCAAAGAGAUAUCUUAUUGAUGCUACAAGCAAGACCUACCAGAGCAAAGUGGUAUUGUCUAAUUUAAUCUACACCUUAAUCGAUUUGAACGAGUAUGAUGAAGCAUUUGUGGCGUUCAAAACAUAUAUUGAGUACUUGGCUACCGAGGAGCAGUUGUCAGGACACAUCGACGACAUAUUGUCGAUCAUUGAUACCUUCAGCACAUGCAUCAUCCACUUUAAUCCAAUAAAAUCAUUCAAGAAUGAACAGAAGUUCAAACAUACCCCUGAUUCAAUGGUGGAGGCUGACCUCAAGGUGUUUACUGACAAAUUAUUGUUUUAUUUAAACAAGUUGCAAGAGUUUAUUGAUUUGACAUACGAUGAGUCUGAUACGGAAAAUGAUUUGUCGUUUUUAUACCGGAAAUAUAAUCCAAAUAUUUUACAGACAGACAAUUCUCAAUUGAUUGAAUUGAUCGCAAAAGCUUGGUAUUCUAUCGGAUAUUACUAUUCAUUCGUGUGUAUGUAUGACUCGGUCGAUGAAACUACCAUGAAGCAAAACGUGACCAAAGUGUUGAAGAACUACAAGAACAGUUUGAUUAUCAAUUCAACCGGUAACAUUCUUUAUUUGCACAGCUAUGCUCUCGCACUUGCAAAUUCACAAGCAAACAAAUCAGCAUUGAAAUUGUGCAAGUUCAUCCUUAAGAAAUACCCGGAAUCAUUCAAAACAUGGAACUUGCUAGUGUUGUUAUUGACAUCAUCUGAAAUUGAUAAUCCCGACACGUCCAAGCCUGAUACCACCAAAUUACGAGACCUGGAAGAUUUCAUUAAUAAGGCAUUGAACAUUGCUGGAUUGUUCAUUAUGAAACACCAGGAAAAGGACAUAAAACUUUCGUUUAUCGAAAAGACCGAGAUUCUUGAAUUGAAGCUUACGCAAUUAGCUGUUUUGGAGUCGAUUUACGGUUUGAAUUAUAUGAUGGAAUACUUGAACGAAGUGUUUAUAUUGUAUCAUGAGUUAUUCGACGUUGAAUUUGACACACCAGCAAGACAGCAACGAGAUUCAGCCCGACAAUUUGGAAGUUCAGCUAGAUGGUCCCACCGUCCUAGUUUCAUUGAUCCUUCCAAUUUACCCCACAAGGAUGUUACCAAACUGAGACUGCCAAUCUUGGAUCCGUUAACAACUGCAUCUAACGUGGUGAAGGCCCAAACUGUUAACAAAUUAAAGCGACUUUCUAAAAUUGGAAGAACUCAAACCAGACUGAGUGUGGUGUCAACCAGUAGAAAGAGCGAUAAUAUCAAGGACCGCAAGCUUUUACAAGGUCUUUGGUUAUGGACCAGUCGUGUCUUUAUUCGUGCCGGGAUGUUGGAUGAGGCCGAACAAUGCAUUGUUGAAGCAGAAGCAAUUUACAAACCUAACAUCAAAACGUUUACUGCAUUGGGAUACCUCACUUCCAAGACUAGGAAAUUCCUUGCAUUGCAAGAAUUUGAAAGAUCGUUGGAACAAGUGGACAAGUAUAAUAAGCAAGAUCUUGGUUGGACUUUGUUGGGUAUGGCUAAACUUAUAUUUAUUGACGAUAUCACGGACAACUCGUUAUUUAUAUCUGAUAAGGAUUUGAAUGGGGGGAUAAUAAGAAUGAAGAAUUUAUUGGAAAAUUUCACCUUGUCUUGGCCAUGCGGAAGUAAUAGCUCUGAGGUUUGGUACUAUUUAUCCAAGAUCUAUGAAAUCAUUGACGAUAAAAUCAUGUUGGAUAAAUCAUUAUGGAAGUGUGUAGAGUUGGAAGAUAUUAGACCUGUUAGACUGUUUAGUUGUGAUAGUUAG